GUCGGGUGACAGUGUGAAGACGGUGAGGGUUGAUGUGGCUAAGCAUGCGCACUUGAACUUCGUGGCACACGAGGGUGAUCAGUCAGCCAGUCUGAUGGGACUUCUGUCGGAUGCACGGUCGUGUGGAAAGAAGGAGCUGACAGCUCGGUGUGUUGGAGGGGGUUUGCUCCUGGACAAAUGGAGGGUGAUCAAAAAAUGCUUUGGGGGUCAAUUGUCAAGACUGAUUUUGGAAUUGGAGCAUUGAAGAAGAACCGUGGUUGGCUGGCAAACGGCAUAACUUUGAAAUUUCGUACCAUCUCGUAUUUUUGUUCUACUCUGCUAUGUAUGAAACCCACCCUGCUAGAUUUCCUACAGAACCCUCCGUCUCGAAAGCGUCUAUCGGGAUGGGACCUUGAAAAGAUGGUAGGCCUCUACAGUGCCAUCAGUUUUAAGGAAAAGAGGACUAGGUACGCUCUUCGCUACGUUCUUUCCAGUGCUGUUCGCAGGAAAUUUGGAUUCAAUGUACGCUCUCGUCUAGUUGUGCGCAUUACUUAUGACGACUGUCUCUGCAAGAGUGCAAUUAGGACCAUGUGCUGCGAAUUGGUGGACAAGUUGGACUUGCCGGGGUGUAUGAAGGAUAUGGUGGUGAGGCGAAUGCGGGUGGUGUGGGUCAAGAAACGGAGUGUUGGUGAUGUUUUGUUCAACUUCCGAUUUUCGUCCAGGCAGCUAGAGUUGUCGUGUCAAUGUGCUGAGGCUGAUGAGGUUUUUCCGCGUGUAAAGGGGCACGCCUAUUUUCGUAUGGCUGAGGUUGACUUCGUUCCGAUUGCUCUGAAAAACUAUCGCAAUAUCCCCAGUCCGUCACAUGUCACCUCUCGCCGCAACUUGGUGAGGCAGGUGAUUACUUCGUUUGGCCUGUCUAGCCUGUUACCUACCCUGCAUGAGGAUGCUUUUGAUAAAGGCACGAUUGACUGCUGCUUCAACAAGACGGUGAGGAGGGACAGCCCGGUCUCGCAGAGUAUCGAUACGGUGUUGAGAUGGAGGGAAAAGUUUGGGGAGUUGGUGAGAUGUCCUAUCGAUCACAAUGCUGGUGAUUCCCUUGUCUGUUGUCAUGUGAUCUAUCAGAGUGGUAUGAACAAGUUGUUCUUGCGUAACCCAGGCUUCGUGAUACGUGAAGAUGAGGAUGAGGUGAUCCGUGGGUGUGCUUUAAGAUACAAGGAGGGGAAGUUUGAUCGGCUGGGUAAAUGGAACCGUGCGGGGAGCUUGGGGCAGGCAUAUUCGAUCUCGAAGCACAAAGAUAUCACUAAGUGGCAUCCCAUUUGCCCGACGCACUCUGAGUGUGGGGUGUCAGCCAGCAAGAAGAUUGCUCGAGCGAUUAACCAACUGCUGUGGGAGUUGCUGUGCGAGACGAACUUCAACCUGCGGAGCAUGGCGGAUUUGGUUUUGUCCCUACGUGAGAUUAAUGGGGAGCUAAAGCAAGGUGAACGAUUUCUCAGCAUGGUGUUUGACAUCAAAGAGAUGUUUUGUAAUUUGCCACAUGAAUCUAUCCUGAGAGCCGUCCGGUGGGUUGUUGACUUCUGGGAAAUCCGAGGCUGCAAAGGCGUGCUGAUAAGGAGGAAGGGGACAGGUGCGAAACUCCAAUUUGUGGAAUCCGUUAUUGGCUGGAGAUCGGUUUCUUUUGAGACCAUCUAUGCUUUUGUAGAGUUCGAUUUAAGGUGCACGUUCUUCAAAGCUUCUGGUCAAGUCCUGCGGCAGAAGGUAGGCAUUCCGAUGGGGAAGUCGUCUAGUCCGGCAUUGGCGUGUCUGCUGUGCUCCUUCAACGAAUUUUUGUUCCUGUCCUCUCUCGGUAGUGAUAGGAGACUGGUGGGUGGGGUUCGAAUGGUGGACGACGUGUCAAUCAUGGUUAGAUACAAACAGGGUGAUUGGACAUCUAUGCGGGAUGCAGAGUCUAUUCUGGUGGAAUUCGAAUCCUGCUACGAUAGUAAUCUAAUCUUGGAGCGCACCAGUGAUGCUGACUGCUGGGAUUUUCUCGGCUGUAUUCUAAAGACUCUGGAAUGGCCUUGGGGUAUUCAGUGUGUCGCUUUGCACAAAAAUCAGCGAAGAUACAACGAGGACGGCUUGCGAUUCCAGAACCUGCAGGACUUCGAUUCGUUCUGCAGCCGGCAGCAAAAGAAGGCGGUGAUCGGCUCUUGCCUGCACAGAGCCAAGGCACUCACAACAAUGCAGGGUACGGAGGUGGCCUUUCUAUUCACCUUAAAGGUUGAGCUCAGAAAGAGGAACUUCCCUGACGCAUAUUUUGAUGAUGUUCUACACAACUUCUCAGGGAAGCUUGGGGGAAUCUGGGCCGACUGGGUGCAUUGUUUGACGGGGUGGGAACAGCUAUCGAGACUGGGAACAAAAAGGUACCCUGGCAGGGGGGUGCAUCAUGUGAGAGGCAGAGGGCCUGUGGAAAUCUCGUAGGGAGUCCGGCAUGAUAUUCGGCAUGUAGGGGUAUAUGAAUAGUUUUCAGAGAACUCACCAUGAGAUGUG